AUGAAUUCGAGUUAUAUGGACAGCACUCCCGCUAGACCGCCGCCUCCAGGACAGGAGUCCAACUUUACUAAUCCCGAAUCAAGGUGCUACCAGUUGAUAAUUCCCAUUGCCGUAUUUACUGCUCUCAUUAUUGUGAUUGUUUUUUUGCGCAUAUACGCCCGGCUAAGGAUCACCCGUUCGUUCGGUGCAGAUGACUGGCUAUGUAUUGCUGCGACGAUUCUCACCCUGUCCUACUCUGCUCUCAUACUUAAACUUCUCUGGAGGCCGGGGGGCGGUAUAUUAGGGAUUCAUCUCUGGGAUGUGCCGCUUUCACAUUAUGUCGAAUACGCCAAGGUAGGCAAGACUCCAGCCUCAGAGGAAACAGCGAUACUUAAUCGGAUCUAUCUCCAGGGCUCUUUGGCCGACUCGGUUCUGAUACGUAUCACCAACACCACAAUCAAGGUGGCUUUUCUAGUUUUCUAUCUUCGGUUGUUCGGCCAUGUCAAUUAUGUCAGGUACAUGAUCUGGGCUGGCAUGGCCGUGGUGAUUACCUUCUGCGUCGCCUUUGUUAUUAUCGAUAUUGUGGCAUGCGCCCCAUGGCCGAGCGAACAUGGGAACUGGCUCGCACCAUCUUUAACAGACCGUUGCGACAAUAUUGCGGUAGACCUAGUCACUGCUGGCGCGUAUUUUAGUGUCAUCAGCGACUUUUACAUCUUGUUUAUUCCACUUCACCGAGUACCGAAGCUCGGCCUUUCCAGGAGAAGAAAGAUAGGCGUGAGCCUUAUCUUCCUCACAGGUUUGUUAGCUACGUGUGCUGGGUUAGUUAACCUAAUCAUCCGCCAAAAUAAAAAGAUCUUCGAUCCGUCAGAUUUCUCGUGGACGAUCGUCCCCGUAUACGCCACUAGUCUCACCGAGAUCAACGUCGGGCUGAUAUGCCACUCAUUGCCCGUCGUGUUCGUCCUCUUCAUCGGCCGCUUCACGAACCUUAGUAAGUCCGUAAGGUCUUGGGUUAGAGAACGGCCUAGUCCGCGACAGAGCGCGGGCGACAGUUCUUCAAAUCUGGCACCGAAUGAUAGCGCGGCACCGCGUCUUUCAUCUGUUCCAAGUGAUACUGAAUUCAGGGCUUGAUUCCUUAUAUUUAUUACACCACACAAAAGUUGGAUAGAGGGAUAACUGCACACAACCCGUAAUUACAUGGUUAUCGGUCUUGGUGGUUGUUGUUCCCAACUCUGUUCAUCGUUUU